CUCGGGAGGGAGCCCCGCCAGCCGAGUCGGCUCCAGGAGGCGCGAAAGGCAGCACUCCAGCCGUGCCUUGGAAUCUGCAGGGCCCCGGCUUGCAGAGAUUCUGUGCGGCCCAGGGCUGCCCGGCGCGGCGCGAGGAGCCGAGGAGGCGGCCGGGGCUAGGGGAGCGGCGUUGAGGUUUUGCAGAGCGCGCGGCCUGGUUCUGUCAAACCGCAUCUCGUUCGGCCCUGCCAGCCCUGAGCUCUCCGGGACCCCGGCCAGGGCUCGGCGUGAGAUUGUCCCCGCAGCCGGCGGUGAAUGGGAGCGCACGUGGGGGACGCCAUCCCCGCUUUCUUUUGUUGUGAGCAGGCUGCGGGACUCCCAUCACCGCUUCCCUCAAAUCCCAAGGGCGCGGUGAAGGAGGCGGCUUGGGAGUCGGGUCUCCGAAGCUGCCGGUCUCCUCGGCCCCAUUUCUGGAUCUCCAGCCACUGCGAACCAGGGUGGGAUCUAGCCCUUUGCUGAAGCGGCUGCUAAGAUUUUGGGGUGGGGGGGCAUUUCUUGCGCCUCCUUCCGAGUCUUCCCAGGUUUUGAGGGAGGAAAUCCCUACUUGGGAACGUAGAGGAGAUUGGAAGGAGAUCAGAGCAGGAGGCUGGCUCAUCCGGGCUGAACCGUUCUGCGGCUCUUAUUUAGCGUGUUCCAACCUCACUUGCCUGUAAUCCCAGGCCAUUCUACAGCGUUGCGCCGGACCUCAGCGGCCAAGGAAGGCCGAAAGCCCAGGAUUUAUCUGGCAACCACUUUGUCGUCGCUAACCUCGAGCUUGGGCCUACAGUUCCAGCGAGCCAGGCCGGGCUGCAGCUCAGAGAAGCUCCCCUCGGCCAGGCGGCUCGACAAAAUGCCCGUCUCGGGCUGGAGAACCGAGAAAGCAAGGAGAACGCGGUCCCUGGGCCGGCCGCCGAGCGCUGGCCUCGGGCACCCUGCAGCGCUCUGUCCUCCGAACUGCGGCAGAGCCACCUUGCUGCCCUUUCUGUUCGGCGAUUUUUUAAUUUUAGCGUCGCUUAUGGAUGGGGGCAAGAGAAGGACUCUUAAUGUUAAAGGACUUUUAAUUUUAAGGCCUUAACUGAUAAAAGAUGAACGUGAAUUCUCCGACCUGGUCUCUGGAUCUGCAAAUCUUUCCCCUCCUAUGGUUUUGGUUUUGCAAGAGACGGGUUAUUUCAGGCAUCUUGCCUGCUGCAGAAAAAUAUUCCUCUUGUGGGUUUUAAUAAACAGAGCUCUGCUGGCCUCCAGUAAUUUGAUGAAGCAAAAAAAAAAUCUCAAAAGGGCACUAGAGCAGGACCCCGAGCGGUCGCAGGGCCCCGGGCUCACCAUGGCCGACGCAGACGAGGGCUUUGGCCUGGCACACACACCCCUGCAACCAGACUCGAAGGAUCUGCCCUGUGACUCCAAACCUGAGAGCACGCUAGGGGCCCCGAGCAAGUCCCCUUCGUCCCCGCAGGCCGCCUUCACCCAGCAGGGCAUGGAAGGGAUCAAGGUGUUUCUCCAUGAAAGAGAACUGUGGCUGAAAUUCCACGAAGUGGGCACGGAAAUGAUCAUAACCAAGGCUGGCAGGCGGAUGUUUCCCAGUUACAAAGUGAAGGUGACCGGCCUUAAUCCCAAAACGAAGUACAUUCUCCUCAUGGACAUCGUUCCCGCCGAUGACCACAGAUACAAGUUCGCGGAUAAUAAAUGGUCUGUGACGGGCAAAGCGGAGCCCGCCAUGCCGGGCCGCCUCUACGUGCACCCAGACUCACCGGCCACUGGGGCGCAUUGGAUGCGGCAGCUCGUCUCCUUCCAGAAGCUCAAGCUCACCAACAACCACCUGGACCCUUUUGGGCAUAUUAUUCUAAAUUCCAUGCACAAAUACCAGCCCAGAUUACACAUCGUGAAAGCGGACGAAAAUAAUGGAUUUGGCUCAAAAAAUACCGCGUUCUGUACCCACGUCUUUCCUGAGACAGCGUUUAUUGCGGUGACUUCCUACCAGAACCACAAGAUCACCCAGUUAAAGAUUGAGAAUAACCCCUUCGCCAAAGGAUUCCGGGGCAGCGAUGACAUGGAGCUGCACAGAAUGUCUAGAAUGCAGAGUAAAGAAUAUCCCGUGGUUCCCAGGAGCACAGUGAGACAGAAAGUGGCUUCCAACCACAGUCCUUUCAGCAGUGAGCCUCGAGCUCUCUCCACCUCAUCCAACUUGGGGUCCCAGUACCAGUGUGAGAAUGGUGUGUCCGGCCCCUCCCAGGACCUCCUGCCCCCACCCAACCCGUACCCACUGCCCCAGGAGCACGGCCAAAUUUACCAUUGCACCAAGAGGAAAGCAGAUGAAGAAUGUUCCACAACAGAGCACCCCUACAAGAAGCCCUACAUGGAGACGUCGCCCAGCGAAGAGGACCCCUUCUACCGCGCCGGCUACCCCCCGCAGCAGGGCCUGGGGGCCUCCUACAGGACAGAGUCAGCCCAGCGGCAGGCCUGCAUGUACGCCAGCUCGGCGCCGCCCAGCGAGCCGGUGCCCAGCCUGGAGGACAUUAGCUGCAACACCUGGCCCAGCAUGCCUUCCUACAGCAGCUGCACCGUCACCACCGUGCAGCCCAUGGACCGGCUCCCCUACCAGCACUUCUCUGCUCACUUCACCUCGGGGCCCCUGGUCCCCCGGCUGACGGGCAUGGCCAACCAUGGCUCCCCGCAGCUCGGGGAGGGGAUGUUCCAGCACCAGACCUCCGUGGCCCACCAGCCUGUGGUCAGGCAGUGUGGGCCUCAGACUGGCCUCCAGUCCCCGGGCAGCCUUCAGGCCUCAGAGUUCCUGUACUCUCACGGCGUGCCAAGGACCCUUUCCCCGCAUCAGUACCACUCCGCCGUGCAUGGGGUCGGCAUGGUUCCAGAGUGGAACGAGAACACCUAAGGCGAGGCCUGCCUCUUCGCCGACAUGGGCUCAAGGGACGGGGGAGAGAGGGAGAGAGACAGUCGCAGAGAUAACCCCACGGACGAGAUGUGUCUUUCACCCCGUGUUCACGUCUGCACUUGCGAUCCCCAGACACUGAUGUGAUCAGUAGCUUGAAACCACAAUUCAAAAAAUGUGACUUUGUUUUGUCUCCAAACUUAAAAAACCAAUGAGAGGAAAUGAGUUCCCCCCAGCCUUUCCCCCAUCCAGCCCCCACGACCACCAUACUCAUCAAUCAGCCACGUUCACACCACCUCCAGAUGUCCUCCCUGAUUCCUUCUUUUCUCCAGAGUCUUGCCUCAUGGAGUGUUUUAUCCCACUGCGUAGUUGGACUCGUUCCCUGUCUUGGUGUUAAUGUUGACAUUGUUAUAUAAUAAAUAAUAAUAUAUUUUUUUCUUUCAAUUUUCUUAACGGGACCCAGUCCCUUAUUUUGGGGGAGGUCUGAAGCAAGUAUGUUUCAGAAUAUUUGUGGGGUUCCCCUCAAAUACUCCACCCCCAAACCUAAAUUCACCACCUUCCCCUUGACUAAGGAAUUACCUACCUCUGCCGUAUGAUAUUUCUGCAAAGUUUCCCUGUGUCCAAGAUUCUCUCCGAUUUUGUCCUACCCUCCCCAUCCUUGUGGAAUCCAGUUUUGCCUUCUCCCCACCAGUGGAGUCAGGAUAACGCUGGACUCCAUCUGGCGUCAUAUCUCACUCAGCCCUCCCGUCUUCCCAGCUCCACAUCUUUUCCAUCCCGCUAAAACGUGGCCUAUGGCUUCCCGACCGGAAAGCUUGCUUUGAAAAACUUAAAAAGCCCUAGUUUACAUGCGGGCAGAACUGUGAUAAGCAAGGCGCAAGUUCUGUGCUGACAAGCGCUGUGAAAAAGCCAAAAUAAAUAUUCGUCCUGAUAAAAAAACCAAAAAACAAAAAACAACCCAAGCCAGCCCCCAGCUUCCAAACCUCCAUCGCGGACGACCGAUCUGGAUUCAAAGCAAACCCCAUGAUCCCUAAAGAAGAGGCAA